AUGGCGUCAACGCCAAACGCAUCGAUACCCUGGGCGGCAUCUCAGAAAGAAGAUGCGUCCAAAGUUGGGUUUCUGGACUUACCGCGCGAACUUCGCGACAUGAUCUACGAGUUCGCCUUCAGCAUCAAAGGCGCGGUUCUCGUCUACUCGCGCGACCCCUUCGCAGUUCGGCCGGUGAUGAGAGUGCUGAACAUCCGACAUGGCGGCGAAGGUCCGAUUGAACCACAACCCUUAUGCAGCGGCCAGAUCCCGGUAGCACUCAUAAGGACGUGUCGACAGCUGCGGGCAGAAAGCAGCCCUGUUUUCUACGGGUCGAACGUUUUUUCUUUCUGGGCGCUGGGCAACAUCGACGUGGGUUCCGCCAAUCGGUGUUUGGUACGGCACAUUGUGACCGAAGCAAGUCCUCGCGGCAUCUUCGACAAGUCUCUCGAGCAUGUGAGCUAUUGCUGGAAGAGGAGGUUUUGGCCUAAGAUAUUGCGUAGCAGCGAGGCUAUAUUGGAGCACUUCCCAUACCUAGACACGCUGACGUACUCACUGAAGCCACCGCGUGAGGAGGUUUGGAAACCUGCUUUCUUUGAUGUGGCCAACAAAACUAGAGAGCAGCGUGUCGAUCUGGUUGCUAGUUGGAUGGGUCAAAUGUGUCCUUGGGAGAACGAGCGACUGCGUCGGAUUGUGCAUCUCGAGAUGGUGCCUUCGCCUGGGCUCUCGAGAGAUGAAUAUGCGGGUUCGCGGUUCGUUCUUGAAGACGAAGACGUCUGGGACUACACCGAGUUCGUGGAUGCAUUCGAGCGGAUGAAGAUAUCGAUCUAA